AUGUCAAGCUCGAAUGUUGAUUCUCAGCAGACCAUUACCGCCAAUGAUCUCUUAAAGAAGAUACAAAGGUACGCUUUUGGGUUUCAACAACAUGGCUUGAAGCCUGGCUCGAGGGUAUGCACCCAACUCCGGAACACCAUCGAUAACAUAGCCGCAGGACUGGCGGUUGUAUUUGCUGGAGGGACACUUGUUAUGGCGAAGACCUCCUACGUUGCAAGGGAAGUAAUAUACACAAUUCGAGACAGCGAAUGCGAUUACAUCCUAACAGACAAGGAUACAGCUCCAAAUAUUCUCAAAAUUACCAUGCCGUCAACCAUUAAGGAGCUGUUUUGUGUUGGAAGAGUUCCCGGAUUCAUUGACGUCCUCGAGUUCCAAGACUACUCGGAGGCUGGUCUGAAACCCCACGUGCCUGAUGACACCACAGAGGAGGUCGUCGUGAUGCUGUACACGUCCGGAACCACGGGCCUCCCGAAAGCCGUGCAAAUCUCCCACAAAGCUUACGUCUCCUCCUACCGUGCUUUAAUGGCUUCAGGCAUGUUUGCUGAAGAUGACAUUAUGCUUGCUUGGAAUCCCUUCACUCACGCCUCUGGGUUCGUUGUCGACACCAUCUGCGUGUGCCUGGGAGUAACGGUGAUAAUUACGGAGCAUUCCCUAUCGUGCAAAGAUUUCUUGGAGACUCUCUCUACACAUCAAAUAUCCGUGCUUUUUGCAACUUCUGAAAGGCUACGGGAGAUUGUCAACGAAGCGAGAACGAACAACCAUCCAGCAGUGGGUCUAAAGAAGAUCAUAGUCGGAGGGACGAUGAUCACAGAAUCUUUAGGAAGAGAGCUAUGCGAGUUCUUUGGCGUGAGCUCGUUUGUAAACUUCUACGGCUUGACUGAAACAUUUCCUUUUAUAAGCUGCACUCCUCCCGGAAACAUCUGCAUGGACAACGUCGGCGUUCCUUGCGCUGGCACCAAAGUCAAGAUCCUCGACCUCUACAGCGGAGAUUCUCUCGGCCCCUAUCGAAAAGGCGAGAUCGUGGUUCAGAGCAAAACCCUAAUGAAGGGCUACUACGGUCGUCCGGAAGCUACUCAAGAAGUCCUGAGCAGUGAUGGCUGGCUUCGCACGGGGGAUCUUGGGUACUAUGACAGUAAUGGAAAGAUCUACUUCGUAGAUCGCAUCAAGCAGAUGAUAAAAUGUAUGGGGAACAUUGUAACUCCUGCCGAGUUGGAAGAAAUUUUGACCACACACGAGGCUGUUUUGGAAGCCGCUGUGGUCGGCAUACCCAGUUCGAAGUACGGGGAGGCUCCGGUCGCUUGUGUCGUUGUCAAGGAAACCCAGGAAAAAAGCCUAGACAUUCUGGAACAAGAACUGAAAGAACUUGUAGCAGGUCAAACAUCGACCUUCAAGCAUCUCUACGGCGGUGUGGUUUUUAUAAAUUCUCUACCAAAAUCAGAAAACGGGAAGAUUCUGAGGCAGGAGUUGAAGUCGAGGAUAUUGUCCGGAAAUGUCUAG